AUGUCUGCCAUGAUUCGCACAAAGUCCAUGAGACGAUUGGAAAAUUUCGAUAUCUUAGGAUAUCCUUUUUGGAACGAGGCCGUAGACAGCAUUACGACUUCGGUUGAACAUCUGAACCUGGACGUCAAAGUACCCAAAGAAGUAUUCUCGAUGUCCUUGCACGAAGCUGUAAAGAACAACAACGUGAAGAUUACGGAGAAGCUGCUGAAGAAGAAAGCCGACGUGAAUAAGCGGAAUGAACGAAAAUUGAUGCCUCUUCAUGUAGCUGUAAUAAACAAAUCUCACGAAAUGGUAGAGCUGUUGCUACAAAACGGAGCCUUGGUUAACCCGAGCAGAGAGUCACCCGAAUCGAAGGCACCACUAUAUUUGGCUGUGGAGCAAAACUCUAUUGAAAUAGCUCGUCUCUUAUUAAAUAAUGGAGCUUUGGUCAAGAAAGCAACGACUGCAACGUAUACAGCGUUAAAAUUAGCACAAAAAAAUCGCAACAAGGCGUUGUGGAAGCUGCUGGCAAAGUUCGCCAUGAAGCAAGUAGGCGCAAAUUGUAGGGUGAAAAAACGCUCGAAAUGUAAAGUUGAGAUGAAAAAGUCCGAUUCGCUACUGGUUUCCGUAUUGAAUAAGAAUACGAAAUUAUGGCUGAAAAAUACGGACUGUUAA